AUGCCCAACCUCCGCGUCUUCAAAAUCGGACAAGGCUGGGACAUGGAUGACAGCUGUUCUUGGAAGGCGAUAGACCCAACUUACGAGGGGGACUUUUACGAGCACGUCGAAGAAGAGCACGAGGCUAUUUUCCAACCAUUCCAAAAUACCUACCACCAGCACUUUGAGUGUCCUAUACCUUAUACCACAGGCACUGGUAUUCGAUGGUAUGGACCUGAGGCUGCCCAGGCUAAUGCCGCUGUCUUCCCGUACGUGGAGCAGAUCAAGGGUUUCAAGGGUUUCGGUCAUACUUAUACCGAUAGUCCUGGGCAUGGCAAGGACUUUAUAAAAGUUAGUUCCGAAGAGAAGGAGAGAGACAGGAAGGCGUUUGCUGAGUUUUUGACGGUUGUCGACACCCGACGAAGAGGGUUCGUUGGCAAGGAGUAG